GAAUCCCUGGUUAAAGGGUGGUCCUCACAGCCACCAACCAGGCCCUGCCAGCUUCUCCAGCUGUUCCCAGGUACCCCUGCAACAUUGGCAGCCUCCAAAGGCUCUAGGAUGCCGGGGCCAGCUGGGCUCGGGCUGCCAACCUGAUCCUCACCACCCGUGUCCUGCUGGCACACCAUGUUGCGCUCCUGGCGCGUGAAGCUGAAGCUGCUGCUAGCCACGGUGACCCUGGCCAUCCUCCUCUCCUGGCUCUACCUCUUUGUGGGCAGCCUCGAAUACGGCCGCUUCCUCCUGCUGCCGCCCUGCCUGGGCGAGCAGCCGAGCCGGGACGUGGAGCGGGAGGCGCUGGCCUCGCGGGUGCGCAGGGUGGAGGAGGAGAACCAGCAGCUCCGGCUGCAGCUCGGCCAGGUGCAGGCGGAGGGCAGCGAUGGCAACCCACAGUGGGGGGCCUCCGCCGAGGAUGGGGACCCCCCCAGGGGUGAGAGGAGCAACCGCACGGCCUGCCCCAAGCAGCGGAUGGUGCACAAGUGUGAGCUCCUGCACGUUGCGAUUGUGUGCGCCGGGCACAACGCGAGCCGGGAUGUGGUCACCCUGGUGAAAUCCAUCCUCUUUCACAGGAAAAACCCCCUCCACUUUCACUUCAUCACGGACUCAGUGGCCCACCAGAUCCUCCAGAUGCUCUUCCAGUCCUGGAUGGUGCCCUCUGUCCACGUCAGCUUCUACAACGCCGAUGACUUGAAGCCGGAGGUGUCGUGGAUCCCCAACAAGCACUACUCCGGCAUCUACGGGCUGAUGAAGCUGACGCUUACCAAGGCACUGCCCUCCAACCUCUCCAAGGUCAUCGUCUUGGACACCGACAUCACCUUCGCCACUGACAUCGCUGAGCUCUGGGCUGUCUUUGGGAAGUUCUCUGACAAGCAGGUGAUUGGGCUGGUGGAGAACCAAAGCGACUGGUAUUUGGGCAACCUGUGGAAAAACCACAAACCAUGGCCAGCCCUGGGACGUGGCUUCAACACGGGGGUGAUCCUGCUCCUGCUCGACCGCCUGCGUCGCCUGGGCUGGGAGCAGAUGUGGCGGCUGACGGCAGAGCGGGAGCUCAUGAGCAUGCUCUCCACCUCGCUGGCGGAUCAGGACAUCUUUAACGCAGUGAUCAAGCAGGACCCGGCCCUGGUGUACCGGCUCCCCUGCUUUUGGAACGUGCAGCUCUCUGAUCACACCCGCUCGGAGCAGUGCUACACCGAGGUCUCGGAUCUCAAGGUGAUCCACUGGAACUCGCCCAAGAAGCUGCGGGUGAAGAACAAGCAUGUGGAGUUCUUUCGCAACCUCUACCUGACCUUCCUGGAGUAUGAUGGGAACCUGCUGCGCAGGGAGCUCUUCGGCUGUGCCAGUCUCCCCAGCCUGCCCAGCAACCAGCUGCAGCAGGCGCUGGAGGAGUUGGACGAGGAUGAUCCCUGCUACGAUUUCCGCCGGCAGCACCUCACGCAGCACCGCAUCCACCUGUUCUUCUUGCAGUACGAGUUCCUGGCCCUUCCCAGCCCCACCGAUGUCACCCUUGUGGCCCAGCUCUCCAUGGACAGGUUACAGAUGUUGGAGGCCAUCUGCAAACACUGGGCGGGCCCCAUCAGCCUGGCGCUGUACAUGUCGGACGCGGAGGCUCAGCAGUUCCUGCGCUAUGCCCAGGCCUCGGAGGUGCUGAGCGCCCGCCGCAACGUCGCCUACCACAUCGUCUACAAGGAGGGGCAGUUCUACCCCAUCAACCUCCUGCGCAAUGUGGCCUUGGCCAACACGCAGACGCCAUAUGUCUUUCUGACAGACAUUGACUUCCUGCCUAUGUAUGGCCUCUAUGAUUACCUCAGGAACUCCAUCCAGCAGCUGGAGCUGCCCCAGAGGAAGGCAGCUCUCAUCGUGCCGGCGUUCGAGACCCUGCACUACCGGUUGACCUUCCCCAAAUCCAAAGCAGAGCUGCUCUCCAUGCUGGACAUGGGCUCCCUCUACACCUUCAGGUACCAUGUGUGGCCAAAGGGCCAUGCCCCAACUGACUAUGCCAAGUGGCGGACGGCCACUGUGCCGUACCGCGUGGCGUGGCAGCCAGACUUCGAGCCUUACGUUGUAGUGAGGCGAGACUGCCCCAAGUACGACCAGAGGUUCGUGGGCUUCGGCUGGAACAAGGUGUCCCACAUCAUGGAGCUGGAUGCGCAGGAGUAUGAGCUGCUGGUCCUGCCCAACGCCUUCAUGAUCCACAUGCCCCAUGCCCCCAGCUUCGACAUCUCCAAGUUUCGCCUGAGCGCGGGGUACCGGGGCUGCCUCCAGACGCUGCGGGAGGAGUUCCACCAGGACCUGUCGCGGCGGUAUGGGGCUGCUGCACUCAAAUACCUCACCGCCGAGAGGAGCCUGUGAUGCCCGGGGACAGUGGGUGCGGGGUGCUAGCAGCACGCUGGGAAGGGAGGGCACAGGGCCUCCCUCCUGCCCCGGCCCACCACUGCAGCCUGGCCUGAGGGAACCGAGCCGGCAGCACAGCCUCUCCAGCCCAGCAAAGGGAUGCCUGUAGAUAAGAUGGUAGAUGCCAGCUGCGAGAACUGGCAGUGUCUGCAGGUCAAGCUGCUGCGGCGUGGCCAAGUGUUUUUUUGGAGCAGCAGCGUUCCUGUGUUACAGGGGAACCUUCCCAUGCCAGGGGCCAGGGGGAUGGGUCUUCUCCUUCCCCUGUUUUAGCAGAUGUGGAUUCUCAGCCUUCGUUAGUUCACCUCACCUUGAGGCCCAGGCUCCUUGAGAGGCCUGGGAGCUGUACCUUACCCUGCUCUGCCUCUGCUCUGUGGUCCCAGGUCCCAAUCCUCCACACAUCCUUCCGGGGCUUUGGUCAGUGGGAGACGAGGAUGUAGAGCAUUCUUCUGCAUCCUCUGUGGAGCAGGCUCAGAGAAAGCCUCCCAACACCCUGGGAGGUGGGGCCGGGGAGUACCAGGAGUUGUGGAGACCUGGUUCAAGCCCGGAUCAUGGCUGGCUGGUUAACAGGGCGAAAUAUUGUUGCUCCCCAUCCAUAUGGAUGCAAAGUCUCCAGUGGGGUUGGCCCAGUACUGGCGGUGUGGGAGUCAGCCAGAGCAGGAUGAGCUCCCAGAGCAGGACAGGCUGUCUGCUGUCCCCAGCAGUGAGCUCCGAGAAUGGGUCUGCACCUCCCAGCUGGAAGCAGCCAUGCCGGUGACAGCCCCGUCCUGGGGCUGGCAGUGCCCAGCAGGGCAGGGCUGCGAACCAUCAUGAUGGGCAAAACAGCAGCUUCGUGGGCCAGCACAUGCUUGGAGAAAUUCCUGGCAGGGGAGCACCCUGCUCCUCCCCAGCUCUUGGCAGCACAGACGUUGCCAUCGACAAUCAGGGAUGUGGUUGACACUGGACAAGACCGUAGCUGAGCACUGUGGCAGGAUCCCCGUGCCGGGAGCAGCUUGGCCGGGCAUUGUUCCACUGCUGUCACACACACUGGAGCACAGAGGAUGCAUUGCUUUCCUCACGCUAUUUAAAUUAUUUAAUACUUUUAUCAUAAGAAUUAAAUGAUUAGGGUAUCUGUUUUUUUGUUUUUUUUUAAUCCUUUCUUCCUCCCGGAUGAUUUUGCUGGUGGCCCUGGAGGCUCUCCAGGCCACCUGCUGCUGCAGUCUCCGCUGUUCUCUCCUUAGCAUUACUCUGGGCUGCAAGAGCCAGCUCUGUGCAGGUGUGAGGAUUUCCGUCCAUGGUGGGAGUGGCUAGGAGGAGCCAUACAAAGCGCGGGGUAUGGAAAGGGCACAAGCGCCUCUUGCUUAUUCUCUCUUUUUAAUUUAAUUUUUAAAUUAAAGCUUUUUUAUUCUUUUUCA